GGAGUUUCAGUCUAUUUACCCCACUUUCAGAAACUCAAUCAUUUACCUCUCCCUGUUCAUUCCCUUCCGGUAAAAUAGACAGCGCUGCCAAACACCAAAUCUUUCUCCGAUACGUCAAUCAAAUUCACUUGUUUUCUGUUGUCGGAAAUUUUCAUUCUUUAAAAAAAGAAAUCCCCCCAAACAGCGCAGCGCAGCCAAACGAAGCUUCCUCCUCAGCUUAACUUGCCUUUACUCUGCAAAGUUCCAGGAAUCAAAUGAUUCCAAGGGAAAUUGGCGCAAGAAACACAGAGUAAUUGAAAGAUGGUGGUGAGGAAGGUUGGGAAGUAUGAGGUGGGUAGGACAGUAGGGGAAGGAACUUUCGCGAAGGUGAAGUUCGCUCAGAACACCGAGACUGGCGAGAGCGUAGCUAUGAAGGUCAUUGAUCGCAGCGCCAUCAUCAAGCAUAAGAUGGCUGACCAGAUUAAGAGAGAGAUAUCUAUCAUGAAACUUGUCAGGCAUCCUUAUGUCGUUCGAUUACACGAGGUUAUAGCAAGCCGCACAAAGAUUUACAUUAUCUUGGAAUUCAUAACAGGGGGCGAACUUUUUGACAAAAUAAUCCAUCGCGGCCGAUUAAGUGAAGCUGAGUCUAGGAGAUACUUCCAACAGCUCAUUGAUGGUGUGGCUUAUUGUCAUACUAAGGGUGUCUAUCAUAGAGAUUUGAAGCCUGAAAAUCUUCUACUAGAUUCCCAAGGAAAUUUGAAAAUUUCAGAUUUUGGACUCAGUGCAUAUCCUGAUCAAGGUGUUUCACUUCUUAAGACAACAUGUGGAACCCCUAACUACGUUGCACCAGAGGUUCUCAGCCAUAGAGGUUAUAAUGGGGCAUUGGCAGAUGUCUGGUCCUGCGGUGUCAUUCUUUAUGUUCUGAUAGCAGGCUAUCUCCCCUUUGAUGAUGUCGAUCUCACUACAUUGUAUGGCAAGAUUGAGAGAGCUGAAUUUUCUUGCCCAUCAUGGUUUCCAGUGGGCGCAAAAUCUUUGAUUCAUAAAAUCCUAGACCCUAAUCCUGAAAAACGCAUCCAGGUUGAAGCGAUCAGGAAUGAUGAAUGGUUUAAGAAGGAUUAUAUUCCUGUGAAUAUCAUAGAGUAUGAAGAUGUUAAUUUAGAUGACAUUAAUGCAGCUUUUGAUGAUACUGAGGGUGGACCUAAUGAGCAACACAACAAUGAGGAUUUUGGGCCUCUAGCUCUCAAUGCAUUUGACCUAAUUAUCCUCUCUGAAGGAUUAAACCUUUCAGUCCUGUUUGAUCCUAAGCAGGAUUCAGCCAACCAUCAGACACGCUUUCUUACACAGAAACCUGCAAAGCUUACCUUAUCAACUAUGGAAGUUGUUGCUCAGUCGAUGGGGUUCAAGACUCACAUUCGUAACUAUAAGAUGAGAGUGGAAAGACUAUCCUCAAAUAAGACUUCACACUUCUCUGUAAUUAUGGAGAUCUUCCAAGUAGCUCCAACAUUUUUCAUGGUUGACAUUCAAAAAGCAUCUGGAGAUCCUACUGAAUACGAAAAGUUUUACAAGAGCUUUUGUGGCAAUCUUGAGGAGCUGAUCUGGAAACCGUGUGAUGAACUAGGCAAAUCAAGAGUUACAAAAGCGAAGAGUAAAAACCGCUAAUUUCCAUUUCAUGUAUCUGAAUCAGCCUGUAGUUGUGUCAAAUUAUCAAAAGGACUUCAGAUGGUCCCAUUUGAUAAUUCUCUGAGGGAUAGGUAUAGGCCAUAGGGUAGCACCAGUGUUGUUGAAGCACAGUUGUUCAAUCAUGAUCCUCAGCCCUUUAUCGUGAUCAACAUUGCGUCAACAACACUGGUUUUUGUAACCGCACCAGAUCCGAACUCGGUUCCUUCGUGCCUCACCCUAGGUGGAUUGAAAGUUACACUGUGAUCUGUACACCCUAAGCCAGCAAAUGUUUUAGCUUGUGUAUGUACAUCCUGGCCUGUGUAUCUAUAUCCGUAUAAUUAUGAAUUUCUCUUGUGUAAUUUUAUUUCUAAAGUUUUAGCUUAACAUACAUUAUUAAUUAAAUACAUUGAUUAAAUUUUCCA